AUGCUGACUCUGGGGGACCCCUGGCUCCUACCCCUGCUCUGCGUGGUCCUGGUAUCUGGGCAGGAGCCCUAUGCCCCCCAUUCUAUCAGACUGGAAGGAGACAUCACUUUGGGGGGGCUCUUCCCUGUGCACGCUAGGGGUCUUGCAGGAAUGCCAUGCGGGGAUAUACGGAAGGAAAACGGGAUCCACCGGCUGGAAGCCAUGCUAUAUGCCAUCGACCAGAUCAACAGCGACCCGGAGCUGCUGCCUAACAUCACUCUGGGGGCUCGGAUCCUGGACACCUGCUCCCGGGACACCUACGCCCUGGAGCAGUCCCUCACCUUCGUCCAGGCUCUCAUCCAGAAGGACGCCUCCGAUGCCCGCUGCACCAACGGGGAGCCUCCCGUCUACGUCCGACCCGAGAAAGUAGUCGGAGUCAUCGGGGCGUCGGAAAGUUCUGUGUCCAUCAUGGUGGCCAACAUCCUGCGACUCUUCCAGAUCCCGCAGAUCAGUUACGGCUCCACUGCGCCUGAGCUGAGCGAUGACCGCCGCUAUGACUUCUUCUCUCGGGUGGUCCCUCCGGAUUCCUUCCAGGCCCAGGCCAUGGUGGACAUCGUCAAGUCAAUGGGAUGGAAUUACGUGUCCACGCUGGCGUCAGAAGGAAGUUAUGGGGAGAAAGGGGUGGAGUCAUUUAUGCAAAUUUCCAGAGAAGAAGGUCUUUGUAUCGCUCAGUCUUUGAAAAUACCAAAUGACCGGAAGCCCGGCGAUUACGAUAAGCUGGUGAGGCAGCUGCUGGAGACGCCUCAGGCGCGGGCUGUGGUCGUCUUCGCUGUGGAUGACAAUGAUAUCAGACAGGUCUUGGCGGCAGUAAAGAGAGCUGAUAAAGUGGGGCACUUCAUCUGGGUCGGGUCGGACAGCUGGGGCUCCAAGCUUGUCCCAAUAAGUCACCUUGAAGAUGUUGCAGAAGGUGCUAUUACCAUCCUGCCCAAGAGAGCUACCAUUGAAGGUUUUGAUGCCUACUUCACCUCCCGGACGCUGGAGAACAACCGGAGGAACGUCUGGUUCGCAGAAUAUUGGGAGGAGAACUUUAAUUGCAAACUGACCAUUACUGGCUCCAAGAAGGAGGACACCGACCGCAAGUGUACAGGUCAGGAGCGCAUUGGGCAGGACUCCCCCUACGAGCAGGACGCAGUGGACCCUCUGGUGGGGAAGAAACUUCUGAAAUACAUCCGCAAUGUCAGCUUCAACGGAAGCGCUGGGACCCCAGUUAUGUUCAAUAAGAAUGGAGAUGCUCUGGGCCGAUACGACAUCUUCCAGUUCCAGAUGGGAAAUCGCACUGCGCUCGGAUACCGGCUGAUUGGACAGUGGACCGACGAGCUGCAGCUAAAUAUUGAAGACAUGCAGUGGUCGAAAUCAACGCACGAAAUCCCGCCUUCCGUCUGCAGCUUGCCAUGCAAAAUGGGCGAGAGGAAGAAGAUAGCCAAAGGCAUGCCGUGCUGCUGGCAAUGCGACCUCUGCGAUGGCUACAAGUACCUGCUGGAUGAGGUCACCUGUUACCGGUGUGAUUUUAACAUGCGCCCUAACCGCAACCGCACCGGCUGUGACCCCAUCCCUAUCAUCAAGCUGGAGUGGCACUCCCCGUGGGCCGUGAUCCCCGUCUUUCUUGCAAUGCUCGGCAUCAUCGCCACCAUCUUUGUUAUGGCAACCUUCAUACGGUAUAAUGACACCCCCAUCGUAAGGGCCUCCGGGAGGGAACUCAGCUACGUCCUCUUGACCGGGAUCUUCCUCUGCUACAUCAUCACGUUUCUUAUGAUCGCCAAACCCGACCUGGCCGUCUGCUCCUUCCGGCGCAUUUUCUUGGGGUUGGGAAUGUGCAUCAGUUACGCCGCUCUCUUAACAAAAACCAACAGGAUUUAUCGAAUCUUUGAACAAGGUAAGAAGUCGGUGACGGCUCCUCGGCUCAUCAGCCCCACCUCGCAGUUGGCCAUCACCUCCAGUUUGAUAUCCAUCCAGCUACUGGGAGUUUUUAUCUGGUUUGGCGUCAACCCUCCGAACACCAUCAUUGACUACGGGCAGGAGACGGUGGAUCCGGCGCAGAGACGCGGCGUCCUGAAAUGUGACAUUACGGAUCUACAAAUUAUUUGUUCUUUGGGAUACAGCAUCCUUCUCAUGGUGACUUGUACGGUUUACGCCAUCAAAACAAGGGGCGUGCCGGAGAAUUUCAACGAAGCCAAGCCCAUAGGUUUCACAAUGUAUACAACCUGCAUAGUGUGGCUGGCUUUCAUUCCAAUAUUCUUUGGAACGUCGCAAUCAGCAGAAAAAGUAAGUGCGCUUCCUUCUUUCUAG